AAGCAAUCCAUGUAUUCUUUUCCCUUUCGGAUCGGCUAUUUAAUGGUAGUCUCUGUCUUUUAUCUCCUUCACGAGCUUAUGAUUAUAUAACUCUUUCGUUUUAUCGCAUAUAGUUCUGAUUUAGAAGAUGUCUCAAGCUGCUGGCAAACUUGGAAUGGUUACUCUGGACAGUGAAGUGGUGCCAUCGUCACUCGUGGAGAUUACUCCGAUCCUCCGUGUAGCCAAUGAAGUAGAAGCUAGUAACCCUCGCGUUGCUUACUUAUGUCGGUUUUAUGCGUUUGAGAAGGCAAGCAAGCUUGAUCCAACGUCAAGUGGUCGUGGUGUUCGCCAGUUCAAGACUGCGCUUCUCCGGCGCUUAGAACACGUAUCAUCAUUUCAUUUACUUUACUGUUGGCUUGCACAUAAAAUUCUUCUUGCAUGGAGAUUAUGUGUCAGUGUACUUUAUUAUCUUGAACUUGUGCAGGAGGAUGAAACAACACUUGCAGGAAGACAGCAGAUAAGUGACGCACGCGAGAUGGAAAGUUUCUAUCAACACUACUACAAGAAAUACAUCCAGCCUUUGCUCAACGCUGCUGACAAAGACGACCGUGCUCAACUUACAAAGGAAUAUCAAACUUCUUCUGUUCUUUUUGAAGUCUUGAAGGCUGUUAAUCAGACUGAAGAUGUGGAAGUGCCUGAUGAGGUUCUAGAAGCCCACACAAAGGUUGAAGAAAAAAUCCAAAUCCACGUGCCUUACAACAAUCUUCCCCAUGACCCUGAUAGUCAAAAUCUGGCUAUAACGAGAUUUCCUAAGAUACAAGCCACAGUUACCGCACUUUGUAACACUAGGGGUCUACCAUGGCCAGCAGGCCACAAGAUGAAACUCGAUGAAGAUAUGCUAGACUGGCUUCAAACCAUGUUUGGUUUUCAGAAAGAUAAUGUUGCUAAUCAAAGAGAGAACUUGAUUUUGUUACUUGCUAAUGUACACAUUCGACAGUUUCCGAGACCUGAACAACAACCAAAGUUGGAUAUUGAUCGCGCAGUGACUAUAGUGAUGAAGAAACUUUUCAAGAACUACAAAAAGUGGUGCAAGUAUUUGGGUCGGAAAAGCAGCCUCUGGAUGCCGGUGAUUCAACAUGAGGUUCAGCAGCGGAAACUGCUAUAUAUAUGUCUCUAUCUUUUAAUUUUGGGAGAGGCUGCAAACCUAAGAUUCAUGCCAGCGUGCCUUUGCUAUAUAUAUCACCAUAUGGCUUUUGAGUUGUACGGGAUAUUGGCUGGGAGUGUUAGUCCAAUGACAGGGGAGCGAGUAAAACCGGCAUAUGGUGGUGAAGAUGAAGCUUUUCUGCAGAAAGUAGUGACUCCUAUAGACAAGACAGUAGCUAAGGAAGCAAAGAGAAGUAGAGGAGGAAAGUUGAAUCAUCCUGAGAGGAGACACUAUGACGACUUUAAUGAGUAUUUUUGGUCAGUUCGGUGCUUUCAGCUAGGGUGGCCUAUGCGAGAUGAUGCUGAUUUAUUUUGUCAGACAGCUGAGGAACUUCGAAAAAGUUAUAGAUGCUUCUCUGCUUUUGCUCUUCGCCGUCUAUUUUCCAUCCAGCGAUGCAGGAGGAAUGAUGACGUCAAUGACACAUUUGAUAAAAUAUUGAAAAUGUUGUAAACAGUUUCUUUAAAUAAAAAAAAGAGAGAACAUAUAUAUAAUAUACCACUAUACUAAGUUAAUAACA